AGUGCGAGCCUGGUCUUUUUUUUCGGAAGCCAUUAUGGAAGUUCAGAGUUGAGCGGAGGAGGAAUGAGAAAAGAAAGGGGGGAUUCGUCAGGAAUAAUCGGCGAAAAUAUUUUAAUGACAUUUUAAAGAAUAUGUUUGUCUUUUUUAGUGUACUUUUUUUAAUUAAUUAUUUCUGGGGCUGACUUUUUUCUCGACUGACUUGCAUCGGAACGACGCGGAUUUGGAUUUUUUUAAAAAAAUAUAUAUAUAUAUAAUAAGAACCAAGCGCUAGCUAUGUAGCUUAGCUAGCCGCCAGCUACGUGUGUGCGGAGGGGGAGAAAGGGUUCGCUCCGUCCCGGAGAGGUUUUCUCUCCAUUUUCCCUGUCUCCAUCACGGCGACUGUGGCAGACCCAGAGACUUUGGCCGUUUGUAAAGCAUCGCGUUGCGGGAACCGGGGAUCUGCGCGCUGUUUUCACUCGUGGGGGUUGUGGAGCGAGAGACCGCGGGGUUGCGGGAGGCAGGCCUGCGGCGGAGCGGAGCGGGGAGGCCGGAGUGAGGAGGCCGGAGCGGCGCCCUCCUUGGCCGCCUGAACGCCCACGACGAGCCGCCGGCGGCGGCGGUGGUGGCGGCGGCGGGCGGGAGGACGGGCGGGUGGUGGUGGGGAACGACUGCCGAGCUCGAAAGGAGCCGACGGGGAAGACUUCGCUCACGGAGGCCGGUUCCAGGACAGAAGCAAAAAUACCUUCAGUGAAUUUGAAAAGCCUAAAGACUCCUGUGACAGCCAUGGCUGCGAUCAUAAAGGAAAUAGUGAGCCGAAACAAAAGGAGAUACCAGGAAGAUGGCUUUGACUUGGACUUGACCUAUAUUUAUCCUAACAUUAUUGCUAUGGGCUUUCCUGCUGAAAAACUUGAGGGUGUCUACAGAAACAACAUAGAUGAUGUAGUACGGUUCCUGGAUUCAAAACAUAAAAAUCAUUACAAGAUAUAUAAUCUAUGCGCAGAAAGACAUUACGAUGCUGCCAAAUUUAACUGCAGAGUUGCACAGUACCCCUUCGAAGACCACAAUCCCCCUCAGCUGGAGCUCAUCAAACCUUUCUGUGAAGACCUCGACCAGUGGCUGAGCGAGGACGACAAUCACGUUGCGGCGAUCCACUGUAAAGCAGGAAAGGGACGUACGGGUGUCAUGAUUUGUGCUUAUUUACUACACCGUGGUAAAUUCUUGAAAGCACAAGAAGCACUAGACUUUUAUGGUGAAGUCAGGACCAGGGACAAGAAGGGAGUGACAAUUCCCAGUCAGAGGCGCUACGUGUACUACUACAGCUACUUGUUGAAGAACCAGUUGGAGUACAAACCGGUGGCGUUGCUGUUUCACAAGAUGGUGUUCGAAACUGUUCCCAUGUUCAGCAGCGGCACGUGCAGGGAUACUGCUGUUAAAAACAAGAGUGAGCAGAUUCCACAUGGUUUCAGAAAAGGGAAUUGGCACUGGGAUCCACAGUUUGUCGUGUACCAGCUGAAAGUGAAGAUCCACACCUCCAAUCCUGCACAUACCCGACGGGAGGAUAAGUACAUGUUCUUCGAGUUCCCGCAACCUCUGCCCGUGUGCGGUGACAUCAAGGUGGAGUUCUUUCACAAGCAGAACAAGAUGAUGAAGAAGGACAAGAUGUUCCAUUUUUGGAUCAACACAUUCUUCAUACCUGGACCAGAAGAAGAGACGGAGAAGGUUGAAAACGGGGGCUUAGUAAAGGAAAUGGAUGGAAUUCAAACGACAGAGCGAGGGGACAACGAUCGAGAUCACCUCAUCCUGACGUUGACGAAGAAUGACCUUGACAAAGCAAAUAAAGACAAAGCCAACAGAUACUUCUCUCCAAACUUCAAGGUGAAGUUGUACUUCACGAAGACCGUGGAGGAGCCCUCAAACUCCGAGGCCAGCACUUCAACAUCCGUUACCCCGGACGUUAGUGACAAUGAACCCGAUCACUAUAGAUACUCAGACACCACUGACUCUGACCCAGAAAACGAACCGUUCGAUGAGGAGCAGCACACGCAAAUAACAAAAGUUUGAAAUAUUUUUAUGGGAAGAAAACAAAACACAAGAGAAAAGGAAGAAACUUGAAUAUGAACUCAAAGCAAGUACCUUUUUUCCCAAACGACUGUAGGACAUUCGUAUUGUUCAAAUGCCACCAGUUUUAGGAACAACUUUGACCACCACCACCACCCCCCCCCCCCUUCCCCCCCCAACAUCUGCAGUGUCUGACAUUGCUGCCUGGUGGGGUGGGGGGGGGUGGGGAUCAGUAGCUCUUAUGUACAUACCUUUUUGUGUCGAAAAGACCAGGGGGAGAAGAGAAUCAAUCAGGAUACGGAAGGUCAGGUAUGGGAGAAAUUAGAGAUUGAAAUUUGCUGCUCCGUCUCCUGUUAAAUCCAAGGCCAGUGCUUCAGUCACUUUUCUGCCCCCCCCCCCCCCCCCAAACCCCCCCACAGUGCUCCUCCUGUAACCUCCCCCCACCCUACCUACUGUGAAUGCUUUCAGUGCUGUUUGCAGGCUGUCAUUUGAGUUGAGAUUUGUGCAGUGGAAACUGCAUGUUAGGAUUCUCCAAUCUAAUUAUUAUUAUUAUUAUUGAAUAGGCUACAUGACAUCUAGGCAAUGUCCAUUCCCAUUCCUUUUACCACUGUGUAUUCUGUUAAAGGUAUGCAGGUAAUGGUAUCCCAUGUAUUUGUCAGUGUUUUUUUAUGUUAAGAUAAUAAAAUUACAAUACACAAAACAGCAGGGAAACCAGUGUUGCAAUAAUGUUAACACUAUACAUUUAAAAGGCAAACCAGUGUGCAUGUUGUUGAAAUUAGUGUCCAUGUUUAAUAAAUGGUAUACUAUGUUUUUCUAAAA